ACUGUUAUGGUCCUGUCAGGGCGCCGGCUUUGUGGUUUCUGGGCGGCAGCCACCGAGAGGACUUUGGUGGGGGACCCUCAGGGGCAGCCCCCCGGCCAGCUGCGCUCGUCUCCGGCCUCGUUCCCAGCCUACAUAUCUCGGCUCGCGGGUCGCGCCGUCGGGCGCGCGUGCUGGUCGGUGCCGCGGCCGCCUUGGGGCCUGGGCCCAGCCACAGCCUCCUCCUGCGCCGCGGGCUCGGUGGGGCCGCGAGAUGCAGCCGCCGGGCCCUCCCCCUGCGUAUUCCCCCACUAACGGGGACUUCACCUUUGUCUCCUCAGCAGACGCGGAAGAUCUCAGUGGUUCAAUAGCAUCCCCAGAUGUCAAGUUAAACCUUGGUGGAGAUUUUAUCAAAGAGUCUACAGCUACUACAUUUCUGAGACAAAGAGGAUAUGGCUGGCUUUUGGAAGUUGAAGAUGAUGACCCUGAAGAUAACAAGCCACUCUUGGAAGAAUUGGAUAUCGACCUAAAGGAUAUUUACUACAAAAUUCGAUGUGUUUUGAUGCCAAUGCCAUCACUUGGUUUUAAUAGGCAAGUGGUGAGAGACAAUCCUGACUUUUGGGGUCCUCUGGCUGUUGUUCUUUUCUUUUCCAUGAUAUCAUUAUAUGGACAGUUUAGGGUGGUCUCAUGGAUUAUAACCAUUUGGAUAUUUGGUUCAUUAACAAUUUUUUUACUGGCCAGAGUUCUUGGUGGAGAAGUUGCAUAUGGCCAAGUUCUUGGAGUUAUAGGAUAUUCAUUACUUCCUCUCAUUGUAAUAGCCCCUAUACUUUUGGUGGUUGGAUCAUUUGAAGUGGUGUCUACACUUAUAAAACUCUUUGGUGUGUUUUGGGCUGCCUACAGUGCUGCUUCAUUGUUAGUGGGUGAAGAAUUCAAGACCAAAAAGCCUCUCCUGAUUUAUCCAAUCUUUUUAUUAUACAUUUAUUUUUUGUCCUUAUAUACUGGGGUGUGAUCUAAGUCAUAUAUGAGUAGAAAAAGACAAUGUUACCUUUCUGUGUAGGCUGGGAAUUCUUGCUUGAGGGGAUUGAAAAAAACGUAUUGCUGGUAAAAUUUUACAUGUUCCAGAUGUAAAGGCAGUCUAAGGUCUUUUUAAAACAAUAUUUUUUUUUGUAUUUAAUUAAGCAAUUGCAGUUACCUGAAUAUUUUUGGUCAGAAUUCUGAAUUCUGUUUGAUUCAUCAUAUUCCAGUGAAUAAAAUAUAAAAGCAUUGUGUUUUUAAGAUUGUGUCAAUAUUCUCCUAAAAACUUGUGCCAAAAGCACCUGGAAUGGUAAUUACAUUUCACUUGAAGGGUAAAUAUGACAGCAUCCUGAUAAUCCAAAAGUGCAAUUUUUUUCUUUAAAGGGUUUUCUCCUGCAUUGCAGAUCCUGUAGAUAUAUAUUUAUAUUUAUAUAUAUAUUUAUGAAGUAAUUCUUAUUAUUCACAAAAUGUAUUUCUGAAUAACCUAAAAAUUAAGAUAUUUUAAAUCUGAUGCUUAAACUUUAUUUAAUUUGGCCAUUAAUCUUUUUAUUUAUAAAUUUAAUUUUGCUUUUAAAUUAUAUAUAAUUAAAAAAAUCUCAUACAUGCUUCAGUCAGUAUGUCCUUGUUAAGAAUUCUUAAUAAUAACAAUUGAAACUAAUAACAGUUGCUGAUGUAGAUUUGGUUGAUUUGGGUGUGCUUUUAAAAACCACUUUUGAAUGUCUAAACAUUUGAUUUAAAGUUUCUGUUUAUCUUUCUGACCAAAAAAGCAAGAGAUAUGAUGGAUAUGGCAUUCAUUAAAAUUGUCAAUAUGUAGAAAAACAGUAAUAUUUAUAGCAUCAGUAAAUAUUUUUAAGUGGUACUCCGAAGUCAUAAAAGUUGCUGGAAAGAGACCAUUAGAGUCUUGUGGUCCUGAACAAUGUUAUAUGAAGUAGAAGAAAAUAAAAUGCUUCCCAGCUGUGUGUUUUGUUUUUAUAACACCUUGUCCUGUAUUACUUGAUAUUUUAACAAGUAUCAGGUACUCUUUAACAAGAAUACAAUAAUAUUUACAAAGGAAAGUAUUAAAUUUUAACUAGAGAAAUUUUUUUGGCAAAUAAUUUCAUAGACUGUAGAUGUACGUUUAAUCUUAGUUUGUACAGUAGAUAAAAUAAUUUAUAUCGAUAAAAUAGCAAAUGCCUAAUAACCAUUAGCAUAUUAUUAUAUUAUCCUUUCUGGUCUCAGCUGGAAGAGUUAACUGCUGUCUUCAAUAUGGUAAUGUGGCCACCUCUUGGUAUGUAUUCCUUUAGCAACCUAAUCUGUCAGGAAAUAUCCAGCAACUCUGAAGUAAGCCUACAGAUUAGCAAAAUAUCAAGCCCAUCUCUCUUCCAUUUCCCCUCUCCCCUCCCCCACCUGAAAAAGAAAAAAAAAGCUUAUUUUAAGGAAAACUAUGGAGCUACCUUUGGGCCAGAAUAAUGUGGAAAAAUUACAUAAUGCUGGUUAUUUAAAUAAGUUUAGGAAAGCAGAUUAGAAGCAACAGGAUAGAACCUCUAGAACCUAAAAUAAUAUGGAAUAGUGAGGAAGGAUCUACAGCUACAGAAGCAGCAACUGUAAAAUGAACAUUUGUCAUACUUCAGGAGUUUCUGAGAUCAGUACUUUAUUAUAGUAGAUUAUUAUAUUUGAUGGUCAUAGUGUUGACCCUGAAAUCUUCCUCAGAAAGCUUAGGGGUCCACACCCGGCAGUAGAAUUUUACUAAGCAAUAAGCCAAGGCAUUUUAGGACCAACUCCAUCAAAAAGAUGGUUUAAAAAUUUUUUAAGCUAUCAUUUCUUUAAGAUGUGAAUAAAAAGUUCACUUAUAUGAAUCACGUUUAUUCCUGAUGAUGUAAGAUAAAAGGAGAUAUUUGUGUUCUAAAAAUAACAGCAUUUAAUCUUGGGACCUGUCCAAUUUAGGAUAUAUAUAAAUACAAUUUAUAAUGUUUCAAGCUCAGCCAAUGUCUUCAUGUGCUAAUGAGCAAAGCAGUUAAAACAGAUUGUUAGUUUGAAAACAUGACUUGUAAAUGUGUGCAAGAUACAGUACUGCUACAGCUAAUAAUGGUAAGCUGACUACAAUGUCCUCUCCUUGAAUUUAUAUAUAAUAAUAUUUUAUGUCAUAUUGAUUGUAAAUCAUGAUUUCCAGCCUAAUUAUUAGUUCAUUAGUGUUUUUAAAACAAUUACCCAGAUAGCCUCUUCUAGGUGUCUGUGUGUGCGUAUACAUGUUUUAAGUGUUUUCAGUUGUAGUAAUCCUGAUGAAUGUUAAUCCUCAAAAAAAAAGAAAAGAAUUAUGAGACAUUUACUUCUGUUUUAAAUUGAUUAUAAAAUAACUGAAAUUUUGAAUAUAAAUCAAAGUCUAUAUAUAAUUUUCUUUGUAUUAAAAUACAGUUUAGGGAGAUUUGUAAAGUUUUAUGAACCAUUACUAAACCUGCUAAUUUCUAAGGUCUAUAAGACAGUUUUAUAUAUAUCUAUUUCCAAAAAUUCCCCCAAUAUUAAUAUAUUAAUAUUCUAAAUUAGUGAAAAUUUGCAUUGACUUAAAAUGUGAGGUAGAUAUUUUUGUUUAAAUAUUGUUUAAAAUUUAGUUCAUUUAAAAAAUUCUGAUGUAAUAAAACAUUGAAUAAAAGAAUGCUUCUACAAACAAUAAAAACAAUAUUUUUCAUAUUCAACAGAACAGUAUUUUAAAAUGAUUGUUAUUUAUUUAUCUUUUACAUUUUCAGUACAUAUUUUAGCUAGUGUUAGGCUUCAGGAAAUUGUGACACGUUUGUUAAGUUUUGUUAAAAUGUCUUACUUCCAUACAGUUUUUUUUGGUAAUUGAACAAAUUGGUUUUCUUGUUUUGUUCUUUGCAGCAGAGGAGAACAACACACAUCUUGGGGAACCAACCAUAGGGUGUCUCAGAGUGUUUAAAAGGCCCUAUUACAGGAUUUAGGCUUGUGUUAAUACAAUUCAUGGCAGUCUGAAAUAAGUCUUAAUAGAGCCAAAAAUCACCCUCAGGUAUUCUCUUCUCUGAAAUUUUAGUCACAUAAACAAUAUAAGUGUUUUAUUAUCUUUCAUAAAAGGUUUCUUUAACUGAACCCUGUACCUAGUAGUACAUUUUAAUUUCCCUUUAGAAACUGAAUUACAAGUACUCUAUUCCUCAUUUGUUUAAUCUCCUGACAGUACUUUGUGUGUUUGAGAAUCUGUUGUCACUUUUCAAAUAAAUUCCAAAAUAUGAUUUUUGACAUUAGUAAAGACUAGACAUUCUUAUAUCUUUGCACUAGAAAUCAUUAUAUUUUCUGAAGAAAGUCUGCUUGUGAAUACAUUUUCUUUAUAUCAAACUUUCUUCCUGUACAUUUUCUUUAUAACAAUUUUAGGCCCUACUGUGUCUUAUGGGGUAUAGUGGUCUGAAGAGAAAUGGUUAAGAGAAUACUUAUUCCCUGGUGCAAAGCAUAUAUUAUUGCAGCUUAGGGUUAGGUUGCUCAUUUGAAAUUCUUUUGAUGUGCUGAGGUUGCAGUUUGGAGAUUAAUUUAAGGAAAGAAUGUCAGGAUGAUUAAGAUGGCAUUAGUAAAAUAAUUUCCUAUUUUACAUUUUGUAUUAGUAGUAACCAUGGUUUCAACUUUUCUAAUUUUCAGCAAGAUAUCCACAGGUUUUUACUUUGAAGAUACUUAAUUUGAAAUUUGCAAGUGCUUGGAAAAAAUUCCUGAAACAUCCCUUCUGAACAGUUCGAUGAUAUACUAAUGCUGUCACUGAGAUUUAAGUUAGAUAUUAAUAUGAAAAAAAUUUUAAUGAAAUAUUUUGAAUUUACUUGUAAUUAGAGUAUAUGAAGGUUAUUAAUGCCUAUGGGGUGGGGAAAGUAAGCUUUCCUACCUGUAAUAAUUUUGUUAAAUUAACACUUGGAAUAUAAGUAAAUUAGAUUUAUCAGGAGUAGAAACCUUAGUUUUUCUAUAAUAGUUGCCACUGAGCUGUUUUUAUUAAAAAUCAAGCAAGCAAAAAUAUCUUACCAAAGUACUUAUACAGGAUCAAAUGAAAUUACACAGAAUGACUGGUUAUGGGAGAAAUUUGUCAUCUGGUAAUAAAGAGAAAAAGCUAAUAUAAAAGUAGAUUGGUGCUAUUCACAAAUAAGUGCUCACUGAUGAAGAUAAAUGAUUGAAAUUCUACAUUUUUCUUGGUUUUAUAGUGAUUCUUUUGUGGAAUUAAUCAGUUGCUAUUUAAAUAUCACUUAAAUUGUGUGCACCAUUUGAUAAUGAAACAACCCAUAUGUUUUGUAAUCCUUAUGCUGAAUUACACUCUGAUAAUUUAGUGUCUCCAUAGAAAACAGUGAAAAUAUUCUUGUUGAUGAUGAUGGGCCUAGGUACUAAGUCCCUCAUACUCCAUCUUCUGUGCUAAAUGGGACUUAGGAAACUCUUUAGCCUAAUACAAAUUUAUUUUCCAAGGAUGGUACUGGUGAUGGCCCCAAGAAUGAAACGUUCAGAAGAAACAGCAUUCGAAUUGGGUAACUUGAAUGUGAAGAGAUAGUAGAUAUUCAUCAGCUAUUAAUUGACCCCUUUCUAUGUGCCAGGUACUACACUAGGUGCAGGAAUACAAUGAUGUGCAACAAAGACCACACAUGCACCCUAAUGAGCCAGUAUUUUUUGAAAGAUAGACAAUUAGUUUAACGAAGUGUAAAACAGUUGCAACAAAUGGAGAAAGGCCUGUGGUGGCAAGGGAGUGUAUAACAGAGGAAUUAGACAAGAAAAGCCUUGCUGAGGCAAUGAUGCUUAAGCUGAAAUCCUUAGGGAUAAGUAAAAGCUAACUAAGCAGAGAAGGGAGGGAAGACUGUUAACAGACAGAGGGAAUAGCAGGUGAGUAGAAGGAAACGAAAACUCGUUUGGCUGAAGUUUAGUUGUUUGUGAAAUUGAGCGGGUAUAUUGGUACCACACCAUACCUGACAUUCUAAGCUAUGUUUUCUUUGUCAGAGCUUUUAAUUAGAAAUACGGUAUCUGAAACAUGUGCUUUUAAAACUAAGGCCAAGGUCUGCAAUUCUACUCUUGAUAUAUCCCAACAGAAAUGCAUGUACAUAUGCCACAAAAGACAUGUGCAGAGUAACAUGAAAAAUUGGACAUAGCAUAUCCAUCAACAUAAAAUGGUACAAUUAUAUGGUGGAAUCUUAUGCAAUGAAAAUGAAUAGAGUCUUGUGCAAGAAAGUGACCACCAAAAGUCUUAAUGCUUAUCCCUAAUGGAGAGGGAGAAGAGUUGUAUUUGGAAAGACUCUUGAGGGACUUUAAUGGGUGGUUUUUAAUGAUGUAUUAAGCUGUAUGUUUCAUGUACUUUUCUGUAUGUGUGUUACAGUGCAUCCUUACAUUGUUAUAAUUGUUUUAACGUAGUUAAAUUGCCACUUUGCAUUUUACUCUUUUUCAUGUAUUAUUAUGCCAUAGCCAUCUUCAUGUCAUACAAACUUCAUAACCAUUUCUUCAGAGAAAUCUUCCCUGAAUCUUGUAACUGUCCAACCAUGUGCCCCAGUUUAUCUCUAUCACAUCAUGGCUUAUUUCCUUUGUAGUACUACUACUCUUGGUGUCUAGGUUUUGUUUUUAUUUUUUUCAUUCGUCCACUGUAAUGUAAGCUCCAUUGGGGCAGGGACAUUUUCGGACACGUUCAUCAGUGUAUCCUCAGUACUUUUGUUGAAUGAAUACAUGAACCUGGUCAUUGAAUCCCGAAAUCAUAUUCGGAUCCAGUGAAUUUCAAAACCAAUAGCUUAAUUAUAGUCUUUCAUAGAUUGUUAGAGUUAGGCAAAACUCUAGAGAUCACUAAUGAGUGUAAUCAUACGUCACUAUACAGAUGAGGAAAGUAAAGCCUAAGGAAGGCUUGUCUAAAGUAACACUGUUGACCGGCAGAGUUGGAAUAAGAGCUUAUGUCUUCAAACCCUAAGUCUAGUGCUCUUUCCAUUACAAUGUGGAACAACAGUGUUGCCAGUUAAGAGAGCAACAUAGAUAGUUGCCUUCAGCUCUAAUCCAUCAUAUAGAUUAUUGAAACACCCUUUCUUUCUCUUUACUUUUUGAUCUUUUCCAUUCCACUUUUAAAAAUCCACUAUUGGGCUUCCCUGGUGGCGCAGUGGUUGAGAGUCCGCCUGCCGAUGCAGGGGACACGGGUUCGUGCCCCGGUCCAGGAAGAUCCCACAUGCCGCGGAGCGGCUGGGCCCGUGAGCCGUGGCCGCUGAUCCUGCGCGUCUGGAGCCUGUGCUCUGCAACGGGAGAGGCCACAACAGUGAGAGGCCCACGUACCACACACACACACACACAAAAAUCCACUAUUAGCUCUAGGCUUACAAGUGCUACACAUUAAUAUUAAAUAAUUAAGGUUCAAAGGGCUGUUGUGAGGUUUAAGCGAUCUAGUUAAUAUAAAGCAUAUAGAAUCAGCCUAGUAUUUAGUAAAUAGUAGCUAUUAAGCUGAAGUCAUUUACAUCAAUGAAACGAGGGUUUCCAGAAACAUACUCAAUUAUAUAUAGGAAGUUAGUAUGUUAGAAGUUAGAGGUAGCGUGCCAAAUUGGUAUAAAAAGAUGGAUUAUUAAAUAAGUGAGAUAUUGCAUCAAUAAGAAUGUAUUUGUUUGCAAGAAACAACCCUAUGAUCAAUGGCUUCAGUAAAUAGGAGCUUAUUUUUCUCAUAAGUAAUCCAAGAGUGUAUAAUACAGGACUACUAUGGCAGCUUAAUGUCAUCAAGGACUCAGGCUCCUUUUAUCUUUUUACUCUGCCAUUUUUGGUGAGCAGCUUUCAUCCUUGUCUCAAGGUAGCUGCUUCACCUCUAAGCAGGAAGAAAGGUGAAGGUCAAAUGGAGCAUGUCAGUCAAAAUUGCCUUUAUUUAAAAAUCUGUCUGGAAGCCACAUUCAGUGACUUCCCCUUAUAGCUCAGGACAGAUCUGAAUCACUUGGCCACCCCUUGCUGCAAGAGAGUCUGGGAAAGUAUUUUAAGCUGGGCACAGUUGCUGCCCUAAACAAAGUCACAUUGUGUUAGUAAGGAAGAAUGGAUGCCAGGUAGGUAACUAGCAGUGUCUAACAAAAAUAUUAUAGGCCACUUAGAAAAAUACAAGGCUAGAUCUGUACUUCUUAUGCCAAAGUAAAUUACAGAUAUAUCAAAUAUUUUAAAAACAAAGUCAGAAAAAAACGAAUUUUUCAUAUACUCUGAGAAGGUAAGGCUCUCAAAGCAUGACAUAAAAUACAAAAGCCAAAAAAGAGAUUAAGAAACUUGAUUACAUAUCAUUUAAAACAAUUCUAUAGGAAAAAGAUGAACUACAAAUUGGAGGGAAAUAUUUGUAAGACAUGUAGACAAAAGGCUAAUUUCCUUAAUAUAAAAAGAACAUUUGCAAAUUAGUAAUUUUAAAUGGGCAAAGGAUAUACAUGGGCAAUCAUACAGUAUAUAAUAUAUAAUAGUAAAAGUAUAAUUUGAUAAAAUGGACAAGGAAUAUAAAUGAGCACCUCAGGAGAAAUGAUAAAGACCAACAUAUAUAUGUACAGGUGCACAAAUUCAUGGUUAAAUACAGUUUAGACAACAACAUUGGCCCUCCGUUUGCCAAAACUUUAAAAGAUUGAUAAUAUGCAGUGUUAAUUGGUUGGGAUUAUGAGCAGAUCUGAUAUUUAGCUGAUAGACACCAGCAUAGCUGUCUCAGUUAAAGUACUGAAAUUUGUACCAGUGGUAAAUAGUAUUACUGUAACUGUCAUAGCACUAAAAUAAAUAGAUUGUGUAAAUUCUAAGAUAAGUUCAUUAGUUCUUCUGUGACAGCCAUUGAUAACAGACCUUUUGUUGUAAUGACAUCUGAGAAACAUUUGCAACAUCUGUUAGCUUGGCCUGUGUAAAUUAUAGUAAAUAAUAGUAAAUAAUGUCACUGCCUUGUACGUUACCUACGAAUCAUUCCAUGUUCUAACAGUUGUUACUGCUCCUAAGUAGUUUAAUUUUUUAUUUGGUUUUACUGUUUUAGUGCAUUGUAAUUCUUAGGUGAAAAGUAAAUACAGUGGUUUAAUAUUUUAAAAUAGAAGAAUUUAUAACAAAAUAAUAAUGAACACCCCAAAACUAUUUGACAGUAUCUGCUGUCAGUGUUGAACAUAUGCAUAGCUUUUGACCCAGCAGUUUCAUAUGUUCACCAACACGUGAAUUCACUGUGCAAUGGAACUUGCUGCAGUGAUGCGAGUGCUCUAUUCUGUGCUGUCCAUACAGUAGCUACUAGCCACAUAACUAUUGAGCACUUGAAAUGUGAUUAGUGCAACUGAGGAAGUGAUUUUCAAUUUAAUUUUAUUCAAACUUAAAGAGCUACAUUUGGCUAGUAGCUAUUGUAUUGGUCAGAGCAGUGAGUGUUCAUAGCAGUGCCAUUAGUAAUAUCCAAACCUGGAAACAACCCAAAUGGACAAAUUAUGGUGUUGUCACACAAUAGACUACAAUAAGAUUGAAAGAUGUAUAACUACGUGUAAGAUUACGGAUGAUCUCAAAAACCUAAUGUUGAGCAACAGAAACCAUACACAAAAAAAUACGUACUUUAUGAUUCUAUUUAUGUAAUGUACAAAAACAGGCUGUUGGUUACUCUUGAGUGGGAAGGAAAUAACAGAGAAGGUAUGGGUAUUGGGGCUUCUGGGAUGUUGGUAUGUUCUAUUUCUUUAUCUGGGUGCUAAUCAUAUGGGUGUGUUCAAUUUAUGAAAAUUUAUCAAGCUGUUGUAACAUGUACACCUUUACAUGUACACCAUGUAACAUGUACACCUUUACAUGUACACCUUUCUGUAAAGGUAUUGUGUUUGAGUUAAAAGUUGUAAAUUGGAGAGAGAAAAAAACACCCAGAAUGAGUGUUAGCAAAGUGUUGUUAAGCUUCUUAACAUUCCUUUUAAAUGCUUUAAAUAUUCAUAUUCUAAAACUGUGGAAGAACAUGAUAAUGAACUAUAGCUUGGAACAUUUCUUAAAACGUCCUGAAAUGUCUUUUGAUAUUGUGUAAGAAUUAAUAUAAAAUAAAACAAAUGAUUUUCAUUUCUGAAAUGAAAACAUGACAUUGCAAGUGACAUGAAUGUCGAAUGCAGACACUCUUCAAAAUUGUAGUGUUGAAAGUGCUAAACUAAUAUUUCAUCCAAAAAGCCAUCAUGUUCACUUAAAGCUCAUGGUUCAAACAAAGAUUUGCAAUCAUCAGUGAGAAAAGAAAAGGAUAAUCAUAAAUCAUUUUCAACAAUAAAGAAUUUGAAAUAAUGACUUCUGAGAAUUUCACCUAAGAGUUUCAACUGAUCAAACAAAAAAUAUUUUUAAAUACCAUUCAAAUUGUUAACACCAUCUACUAUGUUGUUAAUGUUAAGUAUAAUCAAAAGACUUUUAGGCAUGAAACGUUUAACAAAACAUUAAUACAGACUUAUUGCAAUUUAGAUUUAUGGUCUUAUAAAACGUAUCUGACAAAAACAGGAAAGAAAAACUUCAGUCGUUAUUGCACAGCUUCAAUUGUUACACAUAAAAGUGUCUUAAUUUACUUAAAAGGCAAAAUAAGAUUUAGAUGCUGUGGAGCUAAAAGUAACAUCUGGGGGAAGAUAUCAAAAUUUAUUACAGGCAUUCAAGUGAAAUGAUUCCAAUAAAAACUAUAUAGAAAUUUUACUGGGUUUUGAACAGCCAGUACUAUGGAAUGCUAGGGGAAAAAUCUGGAAAUUUAGCCAAAGUUUUAGAAAGAUUUCCAGAUGUUUUAACUUGGCCCAAAGACACUAAAUUCAAAUAUCUCCAAAUGAUGUAAUAAGGAUGUAAAUAAAUGAAUCACUUUUAAGUAUUUUCCCAGUAAACUAUAUAUUUACUAUCGUAAAUUUGUGAUAGCAAAUAAAGGUAAAAUUUUUCUGAGAAAGUUAAAUAAUAUAUGAAGAGCUUAGAAUUGUGAUAAUGAUAAUUGGAAUUAUAUUUUGGUUUCAGUGGCAGCCUGUAGUGCUAGAACUACAAAGGUAAUUUGGAAAUCUUAUCAAGCCUUGUAUAUUUUCUUCAUUAGAGAUUUUGAAAUCAGAGCAAACAUUUAGAAUAUGAAAAUAUUUUUAGAAAUUUGUCCUUACUAAAAGGUUUUAUUUUUAUUUAGGUUUUCCAGAAUAGAAUGUUUUAUUAAUUAAGAUUUAUAAAUUAAUUUGACAGGAACUAAAAGUGAUUGAAACUAAAAACGUGAAAAAGAAGCAAUGGAAAUACAUGUGAUAUUGUGUGGUAA